AUGUUUGCUGUAAAUGGGCCCAGCGGACCAUCGUCACGCCAUGAACGGCGUGUAAAGAGCGACCGACAGCGAAAGGAAGAGAAUGAAACCACGAGGUGCUUGGCAGAGAAAACAAAAAAGCACUUUUUUCGGGAAAAGCAUGCGCAAGCUGCCACCAACAAACACGAAAACGGAAAGGAGUUUCCCAAAAAAUCUGAUAUUUUUAAGGGUUGUCAGAUUGUGUUUAAUGGGCAAACGGGCAAAAUAUCUUUGUACUAUUUGGCAAAGUUGGUAAAGGAGCAUGGUGGUAACGUCGCAUCGUCGAUGGCUACGCGCAUCACUCACAUGGUUGGUUCCAAUUUGAACGGAUCCAAAGCAGAUAAAGUGCUCAGGAGCUCUGGCAAGUUCAAAUUUGUGAGCCCAGAGUGGAUCUUGCAGUCAAUCAAGCAUAAGACACGCCAGCCCGAGUUCGAGUUCCUCGUGUACAAGGACUCUCAGGCAGCACGCUCACUCCGUGCUGGAUUCUCGCGAGCUGCUUCAUCAAACAAGUGA